AUGGAAGUUUCUUCGGAGCCGCCGUCGAACGGCGCCGGCGAAACCAUCAGCAAGAAUGCACUGAAGCGAGAACUGAAGAACAAACAGAGAGAAGAAGAAAGGAAGCGCAAAAGAUUGAAAAGUUUGACUGGAAAACGUGGAAAAGUAAAUUGGGCAGCUGAAAUGCAGAGGGCUAAGGAUAUCAAAUAUGCACCUGUUGAUGAGGAUGAUAUGGACCCGACUCAAUACCUUGAGAAUAGGUUGAAGUAUCUUGCAGUUCAAAAGGCAGAUGGGAGAAAUCCAUAUCCACACAAAUUCUUUGCCACUAUGUCCAUUGAUGAAUACAUUAAAGAAUAUGGAGGUUUAAGUGAAGGGCAGCACCUUGAGGAUGUUUCUGUGUCUUUGGCUGGUCGGAUCAUGCACAAGCGCACCUCUGGUUCUAAGCUUGUCUUUUAUGACCUGCACGGUGGUGGUUUCAAGGUCCAGGUUAUGGCCGAUGCGAGUAAAUCAGACUUGAAUGAGGCUGACUUUUCCAAAUUCCAUUCUAAUGUGAAGCGUGGUGACAUAGUUGGUAUCACUGGAUUUCCCGGAAAAAGUAAGAAGGGUGAACUUAGUAUUUUUCCCAAGACUUUUGUGGUGCUGUCUCAUUGUUUGCAUAUGAUGCCAAGGCAAAAGUCUGCUGCUUCUGCGGAUAAUGCAAUUUUGAAGAGAAAUCCAUGGGUACCAGGAAGAACCAGGAAUCCUGAAAUAUAUAUUUUGAAGGAUCAGGAAACUAGAUAUCGGUUACGUCAUUUGGACUUGAUGCUGAAUCCCGAGGUCCGAGAAAUAUUUAAGACCAGAUCUAAAAUCAUUUCUUACAUUAGGAGUUUCCUUAAUGACCUUGAUUUCUUGGAGGUUGAAACACCUAUGAUGAACAUGAUUGCUGGUGGAGCUGCAGCACGCCCAUUUGUAACCCAUCACAAUGACCUUAACAUGAGGCUAUUCAUGAGGAUUGCUCCAGAACUGUAUCUUAAGGAGUUGGUUGUUGGUGGACUGGAACGUGUUUAUGAAAUUGGCAAACAAUUUAGGAAUGAGGGCAUAGAUUUGACUCAUAAUCCUGAGUUUACCACUUGUGAGUUCUAUAUGGCUUAUAAAGACUACAAUGACUUAAUGGAUCUAACUGAGCAAAUGUUGAGUGGUAUGGUUAAAGAACUUACAAAGGGAAGCUAUAAAAUCAAGUAUCAUGCUGAUGGGAUUGACAAGGAACCUAUUGAAAUUGAUUUUACUCCACCUUUCAGAAGGAUUGACAUGAUUGAAGAAUUAGAGAAGAUGGCAGACCUAAAUAUUCCCAAAGACUUGUCCAGUGAGGAAGCUAAUCAAUAUUUGAAAGACGCAUGCUUGAAGUAUGAGAUUAAAUGUCCACCUCCUGAGACAACUGCUUGUUUGUUGGAUAAACUUGUGGGUCACUUUCUGGAAGAAACAUCGAAGCCAGGCUUGACUGAACGUUUUGAAUUAUUUAUCAAUAAACAUGAACUUUGCAAUGCAUAUACUGAACUGAACGACCCUGUAGUACAACGACAGAGAUUUGCAGAACAGGUCAAGGAUCGGCAAUCAGGUGAUGAUGAAGCAAUGGCCUUAGAUGAAACAUUUUGUUUGGCUCUGGAGUAUGGUUUGCCGCCUACUGGUGGUUGGGGUUUGGGUAUUGAUCGGUUGACCAUGUUAUUGACAGAUUCGCAGAAUAUCAAGGAGGUUCUUCUCUUCCCUGCCAUGAAACCUAAAGAUUGA